AUGCAGCAUCUGGGGCAAUGGCCAAGCACCACCAAUCACACCGACACGCUGGUAGUGGCGACAUUUCAUUACCCGCCGUAUACGCUGGUGGACCCGGCGCGGCCGAACCACGUGACCGGCUUCUUGGCCGACCUGAUGCAAGUACUGUCGGCCGCGAUCGGUGUCUCCGUGGUGUACGACACGGACAACACUCCGGGGGACUUUGGCAUCCAGUUGGAGAACGGCACCUUCACCGGCCUCAUCGGCAGGCUCGUCAGCAAGACGGCGCACGUGGGCCUGGCUCCGAUGAGGUGGAGGCACACUCGACAGCAAGUAGUCGAUUUCGUGGGCAAGGUGCCCAUCGCAAUUGACAAAAUCAGCUUCCUGGUGAUGGGACAGCCUCGGACCAGCAUGAACGACAUCGGCUCUCUGCUCACACCUUUUCACACGAACGUUUGGCUAUGCCUGUUAGGUGGGAUGCUGUUGGCUUCUGUUCUGCUUCGUGUCACCGUGACCUUCACCCGGCCUUAUGACCUGGAGGACGACCGCACCUUCGGCAUAGUCUCCAGCCUCCUGCACGUCUACGCCUGCGUAGUUCAACAGGGCUGGUCCACCACCCCUUGCCGCGCCUCCUGCCGCAUCGUCACACUGGCCGCACGGGUCCUCGGCAUCCUCAUCUACGUCGAGUACUCGGCCACGCUCAUCUCGGUGAUGACCGUGCUGCAGACGAGCACGGAGGUCAGCUCGGUCGACGACUUUGUCGACAGGAGCGACUGGUCGCUGCUCAUCCAGCCGGGCGUGGCCUACAGCAGUGACUGGAAGACGAGCAAGGAGGCCUCGCUGAGAACACUUUAUGAGCGCAUGCAGACUGGACGCCAGAUCAAGACCCUGACCCCGGAGACCAUGGGACAGAUGUUUGAACCGAAGACGGUCACCUCCUUCGAUCGCGAUCAGGCAUUGAUCGUCUUCGGCGAGCGGGCCUGCGGGCUGGUCUCCCUGCCGAUGCAGCCCAGCUCCAGCUCCGCCCAGCCCCCGCCUAGAGCCGGCACGCCGGUGUUCCUGGUGAUGCAGAAGCACAUGCCGCUCAAGCCGGAGAUAGACCGAGUUAUGCAGGCCUUGUACCAGACUGGAACAAUCAAAGGUCUGUACAACCGCUGGUUCUGGAACGUCACUAACCAGGAGUGCCCCUCAUCCACCGUGGUCCGCCCUCUGGCGUUCGGCGAUCUCGGCGCCAUACUCUUCAUGGUCCCUGCUGGACUCGUGCUUAGUUUGGCGGUCAUGCUUCUGGAGGUCCUGUUUAUGUACGCCGCAAACUGCACCAAGAUUCAGUACCAGCGGCCCAUGGUGCCAGGUACCACCAAAGUCCCGCGACACCAGCUGUGGAGGAUGGACUGAAGACAGCAGCCACCAGCCCGGCUGACCAAUAACAGUAAUUGGGAAGACUAGAAGCACCGAACGUCGGACGAUGCACUUGGCACGAGCUGUGGAGUGUGGGAUCGGCGGGAGCGGAUGCCGCACGUCACAAUAGAGCGCAGCUCGGGAGCGGUGAUGGAGAGUGAAGGGAGGCGUUGGCUUGUGGUCAUGUCAGCCCCAAUGC